AUGAGUCUGAAGAGGAAUGCCAAGUUCAUAGAAAGGACCAUCAGCCAAGACCUUCCAUACAGGGGACCUUCUCCCCGAGGCCCAUCAGCCAAGACCUUCCAUACAGGGGACCUUCUCCCCGAGGCCCAUCAGCCAAGACCUUCCAUACAGGAGACCUUCUCCCAGAGGCCCAUCAGCCAAGACCUUCCAUACAGGGUACCUUCUCCCCAAGGCCCAUCAGCCAAGACCUUCCAUACAGGGGACCUUCUCCCAGAGGGCCAUCAGCCAAGACCUUCCAUACAGGAGACCUUCUCCCCGAGGACCAUCAGCCAAGACCUUCCAUACAAGGGACCUUCUCCCAGAGGCCCAUCAGCCAAGACCUUCCAUACAAGGGACCUUCUCCCAGAGGCCCAUCAGCCAAGACCUUCCAUACAGGUGACCUUCUCCCAGAGGGCCAUCGGCCAAGACCUUCCAUACAGGGGACCUUCUCCCAGAGGCCCAUCAGCCAAGACCUUCCAUACAGGGAACCUUCUCCCAGAGGACCAUCAGCCAAGAUCUUCCAUACAGGGGACCUUCUCCCAGAGGGCCAUCAGCCAAGACCUUCCAUACAGGGGACCUUCUCCCAGAGGCCCAUCAGCCAAGACCUUCCAUACAGGGGACCUUCUCCCAGAGGGCCAUCAGCCAAGACCUUCCAUACAGGGGACCUUCUCCCAGAGGACCAUCAGCCAAGACCUUCCAUACAGGGGACCUUCUCCCAGAGGACCAUCAGCCAAGACCUUCCAUACAGGGGUCCUUCUGCCAGAGGGCCAUCAGCCAAGACCUUCCAUACAGGGGACCUUCUCCCAAAGGGCCAUCAGCCAAGACCUUCCAUACAGGGGACCUUCUGCCAGAGGGCCAUCACCCAAGACCUUCUAUACAGGGAACCUUCUCCCAGAGGGCCAUCAGCCAAGACCUUCCAUACAGGGAACCUUCUGCCAGAGGGCCAUCACCCAAGACCUUCUAUACAGGGAACCUUCUCCCAGAGGGCACCAUGCUUCUUCUCAUCGCCCUUGCCACUCUCCUUCUAGCCAAGACCUUCCAUACAGAGGACCUUCUCCCCGAGGCCCAUCAGCCAAGACCUUCCAUACAGGGGACCUUCUCCCAGAGGCCCAUCAGCCAAGACCUUCCAUACAGGGGACCUUCUCCCAGAGGGCCAUCAGCCAAGACCUUCCAUACAGAGGACCUUCUCCCCGAGGCCCAUCAGCCAAGACCUUCCAUACAAGGGACCUUCUCCCAGAGGGCCAUCAGCCAAGACAUCCAUACAGGGGACCUUCUCCCAGAGGACCAUCAGCCAAGACCUUCCAUACCUUCUCCCAGAGGGUCAUCAGCCAAGACCUUCUACACAGGGGACCUUCUCCCAGAGGACCAUCAGCCAAGACCUUCCACACAGGGGACCUUCUCCCAGAGGACCUUCAGCCAAGACCUACCAUACAGGGGGCCUUCUCCCAGAGGGCCAUCACCCAAGACCUUCCAUACAGGGGACCUUCUCCCAGAGGACCAUCAGCCAAGACCUUCCAUACGGGGAACCUUCUCCCAGAGGGCCAUCAGCCAAGACCUACCAUACCUUCUCCCAGAGGGCCAUCAGCCAAGACCUAUCAUACAGGGGACCUUCUCCCAGAGGACCAUCAGCCAAGACCUUCCAUACAGGGGAACAUCUCCCAGAGGACCAUCAGCCAAGACCUUCCACACAGGGGACCUUCUCCCAGAGGACAUUUAGCCAAGACCUACCAUACAGGGGGCCUUCUCCCAGAGGGGCAUCACCCAAGACCUUCCAUACAGGGGACCUUCUCCCAGAGGACCAUCAGCCAAGACCUUCCAUACAGGGGGCCUUCUCCCAGAGGGCCAUCAGCCAAGACCUACUAUACCUUCUCCCAGAGGGCCAUCAGCCAAGACCUACCAUACAGGGGACCUUCUCCCAGAGUACCAUCAGCCAAGACCUUCCAUACAGGGGAACUUCUCCCAGAGGACCAUCACCCAAGACCUUCCAUACAGGGGACCUUCUCCCAGAGGACCAUCAGCCAAGACCUUCUAUACAGGGGACCUUCUCCCAGAGGGCCAUCACCCAAGACCUUCCAUACAGGGGACCUUCUCCCAGUGGACCAUCAGCCAAGACCUUCUAUACAUGGGACCUUCUCCCAGAGGAGGGCCAUCGGCCAAGACCUUCCAUACAGGGGACCUUCUCCCAGAGGGCCAUCAGCCAAGACCUUCCAUACCUUCUCCCAGAGGGCCAUCAGCCAAGACCUUCCAUACCUUCUCCCAGAGGGCCAUCAGCCACAACCUUCCAUACCUUCUCCCAGAGAGCCAUCAGCCACGACCUUCCAUACAGGGAACCUUCUCCCAGAGGGCCAUCAGCCAAGACCUUCCAUACCUUCUCCCAGAGGACCAUCAGCCAAGACCUUCCAUACCUUCUCCCAGAGGACCAUCAGCCAAGACCUUCCAUACAGGGAACCUUCUCCCAAAGGACCAUCAACCAAGACCUUCUAUACAGGGAACCUUCUCCCAGAGGGCACCAUGCUUCUUCUCAUCGCCCUUGCCACUCUCCUUCUAGAUUCGUGUUGCCAUGGUGAUAUCACCGCCCAGAUACAAAUGACCAACGUGCAAGGUUCCGUAACCAUAGACACAAACACAUGGGCCCUCCGAACAAACCUGUCCACUCGAUGUGGAAAUGUCGAUAUCUCCAUCCAUGAGUUCCCGGUGAUCUAUGGAGCACCUCGGGACCCUUGUGACGUAGUCCACAUUGGUCAAUCUAUUCUUGAUCUCACAAUUAAAGGAACGACGCAGGUUGUAGUUGAUCGAAACCUGAGGUACGAUGGGCGCUCCCUAAUUUUAAAGACCUGUGGCCUGCAAACAUGUGUAAAUCUAGACACCGGUGCCCACCGGGUUUGGAAAGCCGCUGUCCACUCUUUCAUUAUAGGACAAGUCUACUUCCUGCAGCCUUCAACUCCCCAGCCAAUCACAGUUGUGAUGGAGUUAAGACUCCUGGAAGAGAUGGCGGCACUCAACGCCUCUCUCUUCUUCUCGAACGCCUGCCAAGGAAAUAACGUCCAGCUUUUAGGAAGUGCCCAGGUAAACCACCAAAAUGUUGCCAAGAGUCGCCUUGAACUCAAUACUACGGAGGUGAUGCCCUAUCUUGUGAUAAAAUACCAGGAGAGAUGGGCAUGUGCAGAGUUGAAGCUCAUACAGACGAAGGAGGUUUCGGCACAAUUUAGCAUGACCGGUGUCAACGGAUCUUUUAGUUUCAAACAAGAGUCGCCCUUCCACCCUACUGAACUUUCCAUAAACCUGUGGAGGCUCCGGGGACUUGCCGGCCAGUACAGAAUUCACUCUCUACCUGUCCGGGCUCGUCACCACCCAGACCAGAACUUGUGUGAUGAAGCGAACACGGGGAGUCUCUGGAAUCCCUUGUCAUUGAGUACGGCAAACAAUAGAGGUAGCCACAGUUCAUGGCCCAUUGGAGACUUGAGUGGGCGACACGGAACUCUGCAGGGCCGUGAGGCAUUCAGCGCUGUUCUAACUGACUGGAAUCUGCCACUUUUUGGUAACAACAGUGUCACCGCCCGUUCUGUCCUUAUUUUAAAAGCCAACGGGGAACCGUGGGCCUGCAGCACCAUCAAUUUGGAAGGAGAAGUGGUUACGGCCCUUGCAUCUUUCCGUAAAGGGGUAGUUGGCAAGAUAAUGUUCCAACAGGCUACAAGCGAUCCCUACAAUGACCUCACGGUGUAUAUUGAGCUCUCCCACGUCUCAGAGAGCCUCAGCAAAAACCAUAACUGGCACAUCCAUGAAUUUCUGCUCCCAACAGAGUCUAAAGACUGUGCCAGUGCUGGAGGGCACUUCAACCCAUAUAAUGUAUCAACUGGUGGGAACUAUAGCCAAGAGUGUAACCCAACCAACCCCCUGCGGUGUGAGGCUGGGGAUUAUGCUGGGAGACUUGUCCCGAUCACUCUUCUUGCCCCCUUUUCAGCUCGAUAUUUGUUUACCGACUCUUUUACUUCACUUGAAGGACCAACGUCUAUCAUUGGGCGGUCUGUGGUCAUCCACGAACCCGAAGGGCGGUCUCCACGUGUGGCCUGUGCCAAUAUUCUUCUCCAGCCAAUCUUCAAAGGUAGGACCAAUCUUUGGUCCGGCUCCGGUAAUGCCGGCGGAGCAUUAGAGGCCUCUCAGGUAUCUGAAUUCACCCCGACGGUGAUUGACGUUAAUUUCCAUGGACUGAGUGGCCUUGCUGGAGGUUUCCAUAUCCAUCAGCUUCCGGUGACUUCUGGGUCAGACGACCCGUGUUCAAAUCAGCAAAUUCGAGGCCACUUCAACCCUUUGCUUGUAAAUAUGGCCAGCUCUCCAGCGGCUGGUAAUGGAACAGAUGAUGAAUAUGAGGUGGGAGAUAUCAGUGGAAGACACGGCUCUUUACUAAACCUGGACAACAAGACCGGAAGAUUCCGAGACAUGAACUUACCUCUGUCUGGUCCUCACAGCGCGCUUGGCCGGUCUUUGGUCAUCCACUAUGUCAACGGGUCCAGGAUGCAUUGUGCCACCUUUCAGAAUCAACUGUCAUUGGACGGCGAGUGGGUCCGAGUCUCUGCGGAGUUCUCUGGAGUCAUCAGUGGAAGAAUUUCCAUGAGUCAGAUUGUCUACCCGAAUGGAGGAUCCAGCGACACCACAAUCCUGGUAGACCUGCAGCCAGUCUCCCCAGACAAGAACCUCAGCUGGUUCAUCCGCACCCAAGACAGCGGGGGAGAAACAUACAAUCCGUAUGAAAUACCCAAUCAGGGUGGGAACUGGUCGUGGUGUGGCCCCCAGGGGUCCCAGCACUGCAGAGUCGGAGAUCUGGUGGGUAAACAUGGACCGAUAUCUCCAAGCAACCGGCUGAUGUUCACAGAUAGGAACUUACCUCUGUCCGGAGACUUCACAGUUGUCAGCAGGACUUUGGCACUGACAUGGGACUCCCUGGAACUGUCCUCGGUGCUCCUCCCCGAUGUCUCCAUCACGUCCCUCAAAUUCCAAAAAGUCACACCUUUCGAUAGGUCAGCCCUGCGGGGCGCGGUGUCCGCAGCUCUGGGCGUGGCUCUCUGGAAGGUGACGGUCUUACCGCAGACCACGGAAGAGGACUCCUGUCUACGGGUCCAAUUUUUUGUCAUCGGGUAUAAUGACGCCUCCAACCUGAAUGCACUGCAAGCCCAGGAAUCCCUGGGGCCGUUCUGUACUUCAACCCUCUGCUGUCCAGGGCCGAAGAAGCCUUCUGGAUCAAAUGCCUCUGGGAUCUCCACCUCUAUCUUCCUGAUAAUUGCUUCCCUUGUCCUGUCUCAGCUCUUAUUGGUCAAUCUCACACAUGAGAAAUAAGGGGGGCGGGGCUGUGACCAGAUUUAUGUCUUCAAUUAUUCUAGAGGAAGUCCUGAUCACCUUUUAUACUGAGAUGUGUCUGUACAAUGGGGGGGGGG